AGCCGCUAUAUGAGAGACUCCGGAGGCUCAGAGGGAGAAGGCGAUCGGAGGAGGGCAGAGCGGGGAUCUGUGUGCCAGCAGCGGGACUCCCACUCCCAGCACGCCCCGGUAUCAGUUGAGAAUCCUCUAAGAGAAUCUGUCUGGACCUCCUAAUCUUGAAAACUCCAACAGAAAAUCUUUAUUUUCAGACUUUCACAUUUUGGAUAUAAAAGAGGGAUCGCUUUUUUUUUUUCCCGCCGCCGAUUAUUCUCCCACCUACACCGCCGACAAAUAUAAACUCUAACUCGGCUUAAAUGAGGAAUUAUGACUUCUAUCCGUUCUGAUCUACAGCACGAGAAGAAUAAUCUCCAGCUUUCACAGAAAAGCCCGAUUCGGAUUUAAAUUUCUACAAAAGGACAUUUAAAAAAAAAAAAAAUCGCUACGAGAUUCUGCUGUAUUUAGCAGGAUAAUUCCAACCUGGCUUGUUUGUUCUAGAAGAACUUUGGAAAAAUUUAAAACGUGCUGACGCCGAAGGAAAAAAAAACGAAACAUGGUUGCCUUAAGGCAGAGAAAUUUAAAACUUUUCACUGUUACCUUGACGCUUUUUGCCAUAACAGUCACGUCGGUUUUUCUUAAUUACACGCAGAGCUCCGGGUUGGCCACGUGGAGCCCUGAAAAAUAUUUCUCCAGGUUCUCCGAGCAAUUCCGAAGAUUCAUCACUUCUUCGAGGAGGCUGUGCAGCUGUGAAGCCUGCGUGGCGGAGCCAGAUGUUUCUCUUUGGUUCGAUGAGCGAUACAAUCUAUCAAUUCCUCCCCUGUUGACUAAGCAAAACAACGUGAUUCCCGAGAGCGUGUACAAGUGGUGGCUGCGUCUUCAGGGGGAAAGAAAUCCCAAGGACAUCAACAAGGUCAUUCGGGAAUUAUUUGAAAUUGUUCCAAGCGAUCUGGACCUGGUGGAUCAUGGUCCAUACCGCUGCCGGAGUUGCGCAGUGGUGGGAAACUCUGGAAACCUAAAGAACUCUCUUUACGGACCCGACAUUGAUCGCCACGAUUUUAUUUUUAGAAUGAACCAUGCCCCUACAGCCAAGUUUGAGAAUGAUGUCGGAAGUAGAACCACUCACCACUUUCUAUACCCGGAGAGUGUCAAGGAACUACAGGAAAACGUCAGCAUGGUUCUUAUCCCGUUCAAGACUCUCGACCUUCAGUGGAUCGUCAGCGCGCUCACUAAUGGAUCUAUCAACUUCACGUAUGUUCCCGUACAGCGGAAAAUCCGGAUCAGCAAGGAGAAGAUUCUGGUCUACAGUCCAGAGUUCAUGAAAUACAUCUAUGAUAAAUGGCUGCUGAAUCAUGGUCGAUACCCUUCAACUGGACUCCUCAGUGUGAUAUUUGCCCUUCAUGUCUGUGACAAGGUGGAUAUAUAUGGCUUUGGUGCAGACAGCAGAGGCCAUUGGCACCAUUACUGGGAAAACAAUCCAGGAGCAGGAGCUUUUAGGCAAACUGGAGUCCACGACGGUGACUUCGAGGCAAGCAUCAUAGGGAAUCUUUCUGCUAUCGACAAAGUGAUGGUUUUCCGAGGAAGAUGACCCUGACAUUAAAAAGAACCCCAAUUCUUCGUCAUUGGGUGCAUUUCUGAAUAUCCAGUGAUUUUGUGACAAAAGUGCUGAUGGCCACCAGCGUCGGCACAGAACUUAAGUACUUUGACACCGUUUAAUGCUGCAGAACACUCUUCACCUUUCUUUAUUAUUAUUAUUAUUAUUUUCAUAUAUCUUGAAUGAAUAUUUAUUUGGAGCCACUCACGGUAAAUGGAAGCAAUGAAUUUUCUUCUAUACCGGCCACACGCGUGCUUAGAUGUUCUUUGGUGCACCACAUGAAGGACCUGCGGCGGAUUACUAGUGGAUGGCCAAGUAUCUACAAUGGGAAGUCAACGCACCAAUCUUUCUCUACUCAAGUAAAGUGACCACGUGGUUGAGCCAAUCAUUCUUUACUUCCACUGAAUUUUUUUUUUGAAGGACCUCCCAACGAUGUCCACCAUUUUUGUGGCCUAACGUCCAUCCCUGUGAUCUGCAUCUAGAAGAUAGAUAUGGGAAUGUUAUCUAGAACCAUUAAAGCUAAGAUCCAAAGGCAUCUUGUAAAUGUCUUCUCCUCUAAUCAUGGAAUAUGUGGAGAGGACACCUGAAGUAACAUUGUUCCACCUCCUUCUGGAACCACUACAUACGGUAAUGAUGGCGUGAAGAUCGUGCCAUACCGAGAGGAACAUCGUUUGUUUGCUGCUCUCUUUUCUUUUUCGUUGACUUGAAAAUGUAUGAAGUUUAAAUUCAGAAAUCAGUUUCUUUCAUGUUUGGUUUAGAACCUUUUGGACCGUUUAAACAUUUAUAGAUAAAAAAU